AUGUUUGCCGUUCCAGGAUGGUCCGUCUCGUCGGACGGAUUGAAAGCAGAGACGAUCCGGUCGAGCAACGGUGGCGGCGCAUCAGAAGACUCUUCAGCUGCAGCGGCUGCAGCAGGACCGACGUCGAAGAAUAACAAGUCCCGGAAGCGCAAGAGGGCGGCCGGUGCGGCGGCAGUAGAGGUCACGGCCGCCAACGUCGCCGACCUGUUUGAGUCUAUCGUUGAAGGCAAGGCCAAGGCCAAGGGCGGCGAUAAUAAGGACAGCAGCAGCAGCAAGAAGAGGGGGAAGAACAAGAACAAGAACAGCGAGGAUGACACGAUAGUCAAGGAGGACCAGACAGUCAAGAAGCAGAAGAAGAAUGAUGGCGCUGCUGCGGACCCCCCGAGUAAGAAGGACGGCGGCGACAAGAAGAAGACGGAGAGGGACGAUACCGAUCAAGAUACUGCCGCAGCCGCCGCACCCGGCAGCAAAGAAGACAAGAAGCAGAGGCAGAAGCAGAAGCAGAAGCAGCAGCAGCAAGAUGACAAGACGGCGGACAAAAGCCCAGCGCCCGCGACGACGAUCAAGCCCGAACAGCUCGUCCCCGCGCCGCCCAAGCUGACGCCCCUCCAAGCCUCGAUGAGGCAGAAGCUCAUAUCCGCACGGUUCCGACACCUGAACGAGACGCUGUACACGCGGCCGUCGGAAGAAGCCUACGCUCUGUUCCAGGACUCCCCCGAGAUGUUCGACGAAUACCACGAGGGCUUCCGCCGACAGGUCAAGGCCUGGCCGGAGAACCCGGUCGACAGCUUCCUGGCCGACAUCCGCAGGCGCGGCAAAGUCAGGGCCCACGGUCGCGGCGGCGGCAACGGCAAGGCCAACGGCAAGGACGGUCGGGGGGGCAGGCCGCAGCCGCAGCCCCUGCCCCGCACACAGGGGACGUGCACCAUCGCCGACUUGGGCUGCGGCGACGCCCGGCUGGCCGAGUCCCUCGGGCGCGACGGCGGGAAGCUGGGCGUCCAGGUGCUCAGCUACGAUCUCCAGAGCCCAAGCCCCCUCGUCACCAGGGCCGACAUAGCCAACCUGCCCCUCGAGGACGGCAGCGUCAACGUCGCCGUCUUCUGCCUCGCCCUCAUGGGCACCAACUGGGUCGACUUCGUCGAGGAGGCCUACCGCAUCCUCCACUGGAAGGGCGAGCUGUGGGUGGCCGAGAUCAAGAGCCGCUUCGCCGGCCCCGCCAGAGGCCGCGUCGAGCACAGCGUCGGCCACCGCACCAAGAACGGGAAGGGCCCCGCCGCUUCCAAGGCAAAGGGCAGGGGCGCCGCCGACGACGCCGACGACGCCGACGACGGUCAGGACCUCGCCGUCGAGGUUGACGGCGCCGACGAUCGUCGCAGGGAGACGGACGUCUCGGCCUUCGUCGACGUCCUGCGUAGGAGGGGUUUCGUCCUCGACUCCGCCGGAGACCAGAACGACGCCGUCGACCUGAGCAACAGGAUGUUUGUCAAGAUGCACUUCGUCAAGGCGGCUGAUCCUACAAAGGGCAAGGGCGUCAAGCCUCGCUCCGAGACGGCCGCCCGCGGACCCGCUGGCAAUAAGGAUGGUCGCACGCCCCGUCAACCCCCAUUACAUCUCUGUGCCAAAGCAGCGCUACCGUGA